UUGGCCACACCUAGAUCCUGUGCCAUUUCCACCCAUUUUUUCUUUCUUUUUUUUUUUAAGGGAAUAAAAGAAAAGCGCUUUUUUUUUUCUUCGCCUCCUCUGUGGUGCGCUUGUUUGCGUGUCGGCGUAUCCCGGCGGUGUAACCGGAGAGAGGGGGCCUCACUGAGAGGGAAUGCAGGACUGCAAUGGAGCACAAUGCAAUACAGUGGGUGGGUGCUCCCUCCUGCCAGAGAGGCAGCUACGCCUUCUACAAGUCGGUGAGCAGCAGAGUUGAGCCUGACGGGCCACUUCAAAUAUGGAAACUAGGAGAGUUCUACUUCAUCCAAUGUGGACCACAGGAUCCCGUCUGUAUCGCAGAGGUGACCUUACUGUGGGAAGAUCAGGCUCGACACCACCUGCUGGCGAGCACCAGACUCUACUUCCUGCCUGAGGACACUCCAAAGGGCCGAACCAAGGAGCAUGGAGAGGACGAGGUUCUGGCUGUGUCCAGGAAGAUGGUGGUACGAGUGGAGGACCUGGUGAAAUGGUCACGUUUGGAGCCGGCAGGGUGGAGCAGCAGCCCGACUCCUCUGCCGGUCGGGACCAACGGCGUCCACAUACCUCCACAGAGCAGCGAAGAAAGGAGUGACACACCAAACGCCGCUGUUGAACUGCUGAUAGUCAAAACUGAGGACGACCCGAUCGGGCGACAGACAGUUAAAGUGCUCAGCUACCCACAGUACUGCCGUUUCCGCUCCCUGCAGAGACGGAUCCAGGAUGGAGCCAGGGGCCCCUCUUUGCAGGACCCCCACCUGCUGGCCCUGGGGGGCAUCAAGGUGCUACCAAAUGUCAGAGUCAUGUACUGCAGAGACACCUUCAACCACCCGACGCUGGAGAGCAGCGCCUGCUUCUCCUGGCAGUUCAGGUGUCCAUCUCUGAGUCUCAGAGGACGACCUCGUAAGAGGAAAGGCCGUGACAGCAAAGACUCUCCGACCUCUGGUCAGCCGGAAUCUUGGAUUGAAAGGAUGAAGGAGAAUGUGAUGGGCAGCGUAGAGGUUGGCUGUGAGGGCAGCUGGCUCCCCCACCCAGAGGAGCAGCUGUUCCUGGAUCAGCUCUUCUCCUUUAUGGAGCGUCAGGGAUCGCCUAUCCACAAAGUUCCCAACCUGGGCUUCAAGAAGAUCGACCUCUUCCUCAUGUACUCGGUGGUCAAACGACUUGGUGGCUACAAAAAGGUGACUUCGGAACGCCUCUGGAAGGUGGUUUACAACGAGUUAGGCGGAUGUCCAGGCAGCACCAGCGCCGCCACCUGCACCAGGAGACACUACGAGAGGCUGAUGCUUCCAUAUGAAGAACACCUCCGAGCAGGAGGAGCGGAGUUUAAAAUCCCUGACAUCCCCCUACCUUCCAAACCCAGAGGGAUACGAGGACGGAAACCUCUUCCCAGAGGCAGGAAACCUGGACCUAAACCCAAAGAGAAGAAGCUGGACCCUCUUUCAGCUGCACCUCCUUCUUCUCCGACUGGGACUCCUAACGGCGCUGUGAUGGUGAAGCGAGGAAGAGGCCGUCCACCAGGGACUCGUAACAAAUCCACGCUAAUGGCUCAGGCCAAACUGCUGGCUCAGCAGCAGGCCAGCAUCAAGCCAGCAACAGUAGAGAUGAAGCAGCAGAGUCCUCUGCUGCCACCUAAAGGCAGAGGAGGGCCGACACCCAGCACCACACACAGGCCCAUCCAGCCGGCCAUCAUCCCCAUGCCCCUCACCCCGGACCUCUCCCCCAUGUCCCCUCCUUUCCUCCCCUUCAAAUCCGCCGAGCUGAAGACGGACCGAGGAGACUGUGCAGCUGCAUCCUCCGCUGUUCUCCUCCCCACUCUGCCUCACUUUGUCGGAGGCUCCUUGAGUGGUUUCAGCCCCAUCAAAGGCGUGUGUCCUCUGGAUGUCUUCAGGGGCCGCAUCAGCCUCCAAAGAGGCCCCGACAGCCCCGCCCUGACCCCUCAGGACCCUGCACAGCUCCAUCCCACCAUCAUCACCAUCCAGCCCAAAGGAGGAGGUCCUGACGCCCCUCAUCCCAGCACAGAGCAGCUGCAGACUCAGCACCAUAACCACUGCUCCGGCUGUACACUGGAGGAGGGGGCCCAGAGAGGAGUCACCAAGGACGCCAGGGGACGGCCCCCCUUGCCCCCGCUGCGUGUCCUGCCUCUGAACCUGGACUGCAGCGUUCAGGUGUGUCAGCUGAUGAGAACUCGCCACCUGGACACGUCUCAGCUUCAGACCUUCACCCGGCGGCUCUCCGAGGCUCUGUCCCAGGACCUGAGCACCAAGCCACCCUGUUCCCCCAUCACCCCUCCCCCUGAGCAGGCGCUGCCCCUCAACCUCAGCAAACGCUUACCACCCAAAAGACCCGCCAGCGAUGGACCGGAGCAGAGUCUGCAGACCGUCAACGGAAACUCAGAUCCUACGUCAUCCAAGAGAUCCCGGACCAGCUUCCAGGAGCAAGCCCAGGACUUCAGCCUCGGCGGGCGGUCCGGUUCUGGUGCAGCGCCCGGUAUUCAGAACAUGGAGGCGAGGAGCCAGGAGGAACCGGCAGACCUGAGCUCUCCCAGCAGGAUCCGAGCCUUUUUGCUCGGCCUGCCGCCCUUCCAGGUGAAACUGGAGGAGGAUCUGAACGGGACAAAACUGGUGAAAAUUCCUCCUACUGCUGAAACCAAAAGGACUGAGGUUGGAGAAGGAGGCGUGAAGCAGGAGGAGCGGAUCGGUAAGGAGCCAACGGAGAAAGAUCCAACCCUGUGUUCGAAUUCUGGUAUCGCUGAGCUGAAAGGAGCCGGACCAUCCAACAUGGACACACACUGUUUUUAAAGUUAUUCCCAUAGAUCUGGAUCGGCUUUAGAGCGGAGACUCCUUUUCCUCACGAGGGUCCAUGUUGGUCACAGGGAGCGCCUCCUCAGCAGCUCCCAAACUUUCAACUUUAUCUCGCUAUACUUUCCGUUUUCUUUGGAGGAACGUCAUCGAACAGAAUCAUGACAAUCACAGAUGAGUUUCUGUUCAAACCAAACGGGAGCAGAUUGUUUUUCCUGAACACUGCCAUAACCCUCCAUAACACUAUAAACCCCCCGAUGUUCCACAACAGUUAGAAGAAACCAUGGAUUGGUGAUGCUAUGCAUCAUGACUCCUCCAACAGCAUCCACGGUGUACCGUCGUCCGCUAGUCCCAUUUUUAAAUUCUUCUCUACGUCUGUAGGGAGAGACUUAUUUUCUGAUAAAGUGUUUAAAUGUAAUCUAGGGCUCGAAAUGAAACGGCGAUCUUCACUAUGUAUCCGAUUAAAGUGAAGCAUUUUAGUCCUGCUUGUUAGUUGAAAUAAACGUACACAUACGUGCCUUAAGCAGCCAGGGGGGGCCUCUCUGGCUCCAUCUCCAUGCCCUCAGAGAUACCUUGAUGUUUCCGUUGUGUUCAGCUUGUUUCCCUGAUCCGCCUGUAGCUUCAACAGUCAAACUACCUCAGGUUCUUCAUUUUAUUCCUCAUUUUGUUCCGCCAUGUUUGGGUUGGAAGCCGCUCUGAAUGAAUCCUCAGCAUGUGGAGCUUCACCAACCCUCCGCUGUGCAUAUCAGUAGAAAAUCAUCAAACUGUCUCUAGUUCAGUGAUUCAGUUCAAACAGUGAAAGUGCUAUAUAGUUUAAUUACAAACAGUCAUAUUUAAAAUGUAAAAUUUGUUCAUUUUAACGAUUAAACUUUCUCAUAAAGUCAGACCAAUAUGAAAACAUUGAGGAAUGCGAGCCUUCUUCACAGCGUAUCCUUAUACGGGUCAUUAUCAGUACUCGGCAUCUGAUUAGAGCUUAUUUUGGAGGAGUUACUGCAUCUGUGCUGCAAUGCAGCAAAUGCAAGGGCAUUAAAUUAGCAUUAACUCUGAAUCUCAUCUUCCUGUGGAAAACACCCCAUAGACUGCUGUUUAGGUCAACCAGGUUGCUGGCCAAUCAAAUGUGCAAACAUGGCUGAUUAGGAUGGGCUGAGUCCAGCUGGAAUUAAAUGGAAUUAAAAAUUAAAUAAAAAAUCCAGAUAAAACAGUAAAAUCUAAAAAUUCAGGUAGACAGCUCUUCUUACUUUUGGAUGCAAAUGACACGUCUCCUCCAACCCUCACUGAGGAGGAAACAUGCCUCUUUUCUUUUUAUUUCUCUGCCUCUCUCCUUUGCCUUUAGACUUUCAAAAUUAAUUCAGAAGUUUUUGUGAAACAUCUUUGGUCCAAAGAAGCUUUCCAGCCCCACAGCGUGUCCCUUAGAGACUCUGGUCUGUGAUCAGUUUUACAGUAAAACAGCAGUUCUCGUCUUUUACAACCUUUUCCCCUCCAGUUUUCCUUUCUCUAAACUUUCUGCUAGAAAACUGUGGAGUCAACUGACUUCUAAAAUAAUGUUGGCUGUGGCAUUACAUAAAUGUAUUAAAACUUUUUUUUCUGUAAAAAAAAAAAAACAAGAACUUGGAAGUCAUAAACUUAAUAAUCCAAAUAUGUGAACUUUCUGUAAUGAAGCUAUAUUAGAAGUUUGACUUUUUGAACUGAAUUAUUAAUAGGAAAUAACCUCUUAACUAAAUUCCUUCGGAUGCUCACGUAUUUACGUAAAUUUCAACAUGUUAAAAAGAAACGUGGAUUGAAACGUGCGUAGAAGAAAAAGUGGCUUUCUUGUUAAACAUCAAGGUAUCUCUAAACCAGUCUGUCCUGUCUGCUUUAACACAUGCUGGUUCAGAUUUGCACACCUACUGUACUUCUUUUGCUUUUCCAUAUUUAAGCCGGUUAUCUUUUGCCCUCUGCCAUUAUUUCUCUUUUGUAGUCGACUCAAGCUGAUAGGUGCUGUUCUUUUUCCUAGUUAGUAUUUUUCCUUAGCUCAUGGCCAUAUUGGUUUUGGCUUGCACAAACCCUAAUAACUUGUCACAUAGCAAGUCGGUAAAUCUUUAAUAGGUGGAAAAACUCACAUUGAUUUGUCCACUGAGAAAAUAUUUUAAAGAAAUAUUUUAAAAGAAAAGAAUGUGCUUAUUAGUGAUUAUUUUUUAACAGAUUUGACUGUUGGUUCAAUGUGAAGCAGAAAUCUUUGUGAAUGAUUGCAUGAACAACAACGUGUACUCAGUAUAUGGGCAGAUGCACCAAAGUGCUCCACCAGACUCCUGUAGAAUUCUGUUAUUGAUAGUAUUUUUGAAUUUUACUUUAUUCAUCUUUAUCUGUUUUCUUCCUUUAAUGUAAAAAGAAAUUAAUCAUGGAAAAUUCAUACCUACAAAUGUCAUAUUUUCUUUAUUACAGUAAUAUUUUUUCACCACAGGGUAACUACUGUAACUACUGUCUCUCUGCUUCAUCACUUCCGUAGACCUUUAUUUAUUGUUUGUAUGGUGUUUUCUGAAAGCAACAGUCUCACAGUUAAGGACCCAGAUUGUUUUAAAGGAACACGUUAGUAAAACGGAUCAACUUAAAGUAAUUAUGAUGAUGAUAAACCGAAGAGUUAUCAGGUAUUUAAGCAGCGUGAUCUAAAAAUUAAAAUUUGUCCUUGAAAAAACCAGCUUUUAGGACGUUCCUAAAGAGAAGCGCUAACGAUAAAUUAUGCUAUUAUAGUGUUAGCAUUAAGAUUGUUUAUUUUAUCAC